AAAUACACACACGUCCAUGAUGGUGUCGUGAUCGAGAAAACGCUAGAUAUUAUUAUAAAAUUUGUCCCUCAUUCAUUUAUGUAGCCUACAUACUUACAUUUUAGUGAACAAUUUAAAUAGUGUGGCUGCAUUAAACUGAAUUAAAUCGUUAAAAAUAAUAAAACCAAACAAUUGUUGCCGUUAUUCUGUACUUUUAAUCAUAUUAUAAUUGGUCAUCGUACGGAAGAUCCAAGAGGACAAGAGUCUAUCGGAAGUUUAAAUUCACGACAAUUGCGGCUGUUGAUUACAUGCUUUACUUUUUUUAUAUCACUAUUUAUUGCGAUACUUACUGUAAUAAUUAAUAGUUAUAAGAGUUAAUUUUUUUAUUCAAAAUGGCAGCUACCAGAAGAUUGCAAAAGGAGCUGAAUGAUCUGAGAGCAUCGGCAAUGAAAAACUUUACGAGCAUUCAAGUUGAUGAAUCCAAUAUUCUUAAUUGGCAAGGAUUAAUUUUACCGGAUAACCCGCCGUAUAAUAAGGGAGCGUUUCGUAUCGAAAUAAAUUUCCCUGCAGAGUAUCCAUUCAAACCACCGAGGAUAACAUUUAAGACUAAAAUAUAUCAUCCAAAUGUUGAUGAGAAAGGUCAAGUUUGUUUACCAAUAAUUACUGCGGAAAAUUGGAAGCCAGCGACAAAAACUGAUCAAGUGAUUCAAGCGUUAAUUGCAUUAGUAAACGAUCCGGAACCCGAGCACCCGCUGAGGGCGGAUUUGGCCGAAGAAUUUCUUAAAGACAAAAAGAAAUAUUUAAAAAACGCUGAAGAAUUUACAAAGAAGCAUGCGGAGAAAAGACGAGAGCCAUCAUCUGCGGAAUAACGUUGAUUAGUCGUCGUAUCUCACCUCGAUGCCUAAAAUAUAUAAAUACCGCAAGGAGAAAAUUUUGUUUUUUAUUUUUUUCUAUUUCUAUUUUCAUUUCAUUUUUAAAUUCAAUCCGGUUCAGUUCUCUUUUCUUAAAUUUAAUAAAAUAGUUAUCUAUCCCUCCCUCUCCUCGCUUCCCGUGUACAGUAUUGGUUAAUCGACGAUGAGCACAUGGUAAUUAUAAUAUUUAUAAGAUGAAGAAAUAAAAAAAUAAACUCUUAAGAGUACAGUA